CGGUCCACCGGAUUCCGACGAGACGCACAACAGAAGAGACCCGCACAAUCAUGACCGACGGGCCCGCGAGCUCCGGCGACUCGCCGCCGGCGACGCACCCGGACAGCGGCUCCAUCUCCUCCAUGGUCGCCUCCUCUGCCGCCUCCGCUGCUGCUGCGGCCGCGGACCUCACCCGCCGAGGCGAGGUCUUCGGCGCCGAUAUGGCCGCCGCCGCCAGGGCGGCCAUCGACACCGCCAGGGCGGCCAUCGACACCGCCAUCGCCCAUUCUCAGUCGUCCGCCAUCGCCGCCGCAGAAGCCGCCUCCUCGGCCAAGGCCAACGCCCUCGCUGCCUUCCCUGGCCUCACCCACACCGCAAAGGAGGAGUUGGAAUGGAUAAAGAACGAGUACGCGUCUCACGAGCAGGUGGUGUUCGACAAGAUCAAAGAGGGUGUCAUCAUGGCGAUCGAGCAUCCGGGGAUUGCUGCAGGCUCCACCGCUAUUGCUGGAAUCGUGCUGUUCAAAAGGCCAAGGAGCUACCUGAUCCAACGAGUGCGGCGCAUAUUUGUAAGCAAGGAGACCCUACUUUCUGGCAUUCAAGCUGAGGUGAAUCACAUGCGACAAACUGUCAAUCUUGUGUCCAAUGAAAGCCAAAAGUUGCUGGAUAGAGCAGCAACCGCUGAGAAAAGAUUUCAGAAAGGAUGGAAUACACUCAGGGAAGAGGGGCAUGCUAUUCAAAGUGAGCUGAACCAGAUAAGUGAUAUUGAAAAACAAGCAGUAGGUCUGAAGAACAUUCUUGAUCAGCUUCCCAAAGCACAUGCAUCUGAAUUUCGAUCAGAGAUAUCUGUCCUAGCUUCUCAGGUGAAGGAGAAGAGAGUACUUAAUAAUACCCUCUCGAAGAUUGUGAACUAUGGUGUCCCUAUCUGACUGUCCAAACUCAGCUUCAUCUCCUGUACUUUUUUUUAUCAGUGAAGAGAUUCUGAAUACAUGAGUGAAUCUUUUACUUUAUACUAGCUGGGAAAGAAAAUAAUAUGGUUUAUCAGCCUUGAAGAAGUGUAAACGUGCCGCUGGUGCAGCAGCAACAUGACAUUUUGUAAUGUUUUGCGUCAUAUAUAGGGCAUUCAUUCCCUGUUGCUUUGUC